AUGGCACAAACAGGAAUGCGCAAAGGGCCGCUACCUGGGGGUCGCCGGGGCGUGUCUGGAGCUGGCGCUGGACGCGGCAGCAUGCGGGCCGCCAGCCGAGCGCGAGGAGCUGCACGGUCACCUAGCAGCCCUCCGCAUCCAUCAUCCCCACCAGAAGGCUUGGUGUCGGCUGGGUCUUCUCGGACUCAGCAAGCGACACCCGCCGCAGGUGGAGCACGUCGCAUGCAGCAAAACCUGGCAGUCCGAGUUCAGUAUAUCUUGCGCUCAAAUAUAUUUGAUGUCGCCGAACUCGAACGGCUACGACGUGAGGCUGUUCCCUCAUCGGAUGAAAAUGCUACGGCUGAGGAUGCGGCGCCACAAAUUGUAGGGCAACCCGCAAACGUGGAUGCUGCCGUGAAUACCCCAGUUGUGGUUGAUUCAAACGAUGAUGGAACAGUCGCCCAGGAACUGGAAUUAGAUCAUAUGAGGAGUACAUUGGAAGAGGCGAUUGUGGAAAUGCGCAGUACGCCUCUCGAAAAUCGACCGCGACUUCCCCGCAUAGCCCUAAGCAAACGGAAUCGGGCUGUCGUGAGGGCUCUGAACCCAAUGCUGGUGACCUAUUUGAAAGCCAGCCGGGACAUUUACGAGACGGACUCAAUUCUUUUUGGGGCCGCGCUGGUAGUCUGCCGUAUCAUAGACGCCAAGUUUUCCACGGCUGGACGCGCUACUGGCCAAAGUAGCGCUAUCCCAGCAUGGAGAAGAAGAAUUGUGGAACGUAUCGCAAAGGCUGGAGCUCUCAUCGGCAGACUGAUAUGCUUCAGAUCAGGUAAUAACAGGCCAAGAAUUGUGCGCACCGUCAGGAUGGCGUUUGCUGGGACAAAUAUUAGUUUGUCCCAGCCGGAUAUAACGCAAAAACUGAGCGCAUAG